AUGGAUAUUAAGGAUAUACUGGUAGUGGCGUUCAAGGGAUUUGUAUCGGCGGUUAGUUUCGCAAAAAAUGAAAAUAUUCGCUACUGGUUCUUCUCAGGCAAGUCUACCCUCAUGAAAGCUCUGCUGCAAAUAGACCCGUCGGAAACAGAUGUGCUGCAAGUCAGUGCAUUGUCGGGGACUACUAAGGACGCGCAGGCCUUUCUGUGGCAACUCAAGGGAUGCGAGUUCGUAAUAUUAGAUUUCCCCG